CAUUUCGACCUUCAAAAACACCAUUUGUCCUUCUAGCUUCUGAUGGUUCACAGAUCGCAUUCUCCUCUCCAAUAAUCUGGAGUUUAUAUACCCAUUAUUUGAUUUAUGGUUGACUUGUUUAUCUGAGUUCCUCGUGGACAUCAAGGUUCCCCGCUAACACUUAUACCCGCCCCGCCCCCACCACGAGUUUCACCAGCAGCUCAGCACUGACUGACUGUAGUCUCGGAACAUCAAUACUUCGCCAGACGUGUUUCUUUCUUAUUCUUCCACUUCUUUGAAAUAUUCCAGGAAACACAUCGAUAUAUCUUCUUGGCUUGUAGAAACAACAGCCAGUCACAAUGGCGCCGUCAGCAAGCUCAAGCUCUGCUAGAACCAGAGCCCCGAUGCAGCACAUCGACCGCAAGGAGCUCUACACCAGUCUCGAGGCGCGCAUCCGCUAUCUCCAUUCUUUCCUUGAUUUCGGUACCGAUGACAUCGAAGCCCUCUCCUCCGGCGCCAAGUACAUCCAAGCCCUGAUCCCCGCCGUCGUCAACAUCGUCUACAAGAAGCUCCUCUCAUACGACAUCACGGCGCGCGCCUUCCAGACCCGCAGCACCGCCUUCGAGGGUCCCAUGGACGAAGUCCCCGACGAGGAAAGCCCCCAGAUCCUCCACCGCAAGAUGUUCCUGCGCGCAUACCUUAAGAAGCUAUGCUCGGACCCGUCGCAGAUGGAGUUCUGGGAGUACCUGGACAAGGUCGGCAUGAUGCACACAGGGCUGGGCCGCUCGCACCCUUUGCACAUCGAGUACAUCCACAUCGGCGUCACCCUGGGCGUCAUCCAGGACAUUCUCAACGAGGCCAUCUUGUCGCACCCACGCCUGCCGAUGCCCCGCAAGAUUGCCUUGCUCAAGGCCCUGGGCAAAGUCAUUUGGAUCCAGAACGACUUGUUCACCAGGUGGUAUGUACACGAUGGUGAGGAGUUCACGGACGGAAUGGACUUUGGCGUCGUUGAGAAGGAAGGGUUCUUGCAUGGCAAGAAAGUGCUGGAUGAGACUGCUGAAGCUUCUUCUUCUUCUUCUUCGGCUGCUGCUAAUGGCGGCUCGGCGUGUCCUUUCUCUUCUGUUGUCGAAAGCAAGGACUGGGCGGCGGCGUCGGCAUCGUCACCCACAUCUGGCAGUACGUGUCCGUUCUCUGGAGCCAGCAAGGCGAUGGAGGGUCUCAGCAUUGAGGAUCAGAAGCCAGUGCUCGCGGCUAAGGACAACGAGGAUGCUACGUCUGAUACAACGGAGAAGGCGUCUCGUUAAGGGAAACCUCUGACAUUGAUAUUGAAGAGGAGGAGCGUUGUUGUACUACGAAGAUCACGACGGGGGUUGCAUUUUCUCUUUUUUUUCUUUCUUGAUAUCGUUGUUUCCGGUAUGGCAAGCGGGAGUAUUACUAGGUUUAUCAUGGUUGAGGGGACGUGGGACUUGGCUUCUGGCGUGCAUGGAAAACGAUGGUCGGUCGGUGUUGGGUUCCACUUCAUGUACUAUACACAGGUUACGGUCCUCUUUGUUGGUCCAUAGAUGAUAGAGUGACUGAAAAAUUCUUCUUUUAAA